AUGAUUUUCCCCUGUAUAGCGGCCAUUAUAGGCCAACAAUUCAAAAUUCUCGCGUCCAACCUCAAAAAUAAUAUAUUUUACGCUCUUCUCAAGUGUGGGAUUCCCCGACAUGUUGUCAAUGAUUUCAAAAACAACUUUGACAGGCUUGAACCAAACGAAACCAUCAUGUCGGUAAUUAAGCGGAACCAAUUUCGCAAAGCUAAUUUAAUUUACUUGAAGAAAAACAUAGCCCAUCAUCAGAUUUUGCUCAAUUAUUGCGAUGAUUUGAACCGAAUCAUCGGAUUCUUUCUCUUCGUAAAAAUUAUAGCCGCUUUCUGCAACAUUAUUUUUAUCAUGUUCACUCUGAUAACGUCUGGGGCCCAGACCGAAAUUAUGAGUUUGUGUUUUUAUGUGUUUUUCGCAAGCACGGAACUGUUUGUCUACACUUACGGGGGCCAAAUUCUAAUAGAAAAAUCGGAAUUUUUGUGGGAUUUAUAUGACAGUCCUUGGUAUUUGUGUGAAGUCAAGUUUCAAAAAUUGAUGCUUAUGGUACAAAUGAAGGUCCAGAGAGUGGUUUAUAUGAGAGCUGGGGGUUACUUCGCUAUGUGUGCCCCCAUGUUUAUUACAUUUAUGAAAAGUCUGAUGUCAUAUAUUGCUCUAUUGCGCGAACUGGUUGUCUCCGACAAGAGUAAUUCAUAAGUUUGUGACACUGUUCAAAUUUUUGGAAGUGUCUGAAGCCACAUUUUUGCACAUUUAUGUCUUACAUGCUAUUACCGUUGUUUAACCCAGUAAAAAAAAUUUCACCACGCAGACAACGUUUUAUAAAUGUUAAUAUGUAAUUAAGUAAUUAAAAAAAUGUCACUUAGAAA